AUGGCCACCAACGAAGAAAAGAUUAAGAUUGCCUCCAAAUUCCUCAAGGCCGCUCCUCCAGGCGAAAUCAACGAUGUCUUCAACGAUGUUCGCGCUUUGGUGGGAGACGACGAACUGAUGGAUGGAGGUAUCUUGGCCGCACUCGAGGAAUACAACAUUGAGGAAUUGGCGACUGUCGAGGUGCCUGGCAUCGAGGGCAAGGUCAUUGUCUCUAAGCACGGUCAUAUUGAAGGAGACCGGUUCUUGGAUCCCAAGACCAACCAGACAUUCAAGCUGGAUCAUCUUCGUCAGACAGCAUCCGAUCUGGAGAGUCACACGAUUGAUGAGGAAGUUGAGGAGCUCCGCAAGGCAGUUGAGAGUGAUAUUGAGGCGUAUGUUGCCGAUCGGUACGCCGAGGGUGUUUUUGCUGUCUAUGGCUCAAAGGGCGUUGUCACCAUUGCUAUCGUUCACAACAAGUACAGCCCAUCCAACUACUGGAAUGGACGCUGGAGAUCAGUCUGGACAUUGGAUGUUGCCACAAGCGAGAUCAAGGGCACAAUGAAGUGCAAGGUUCACUACUAUGAAGAUGGAAACGUUCAAUUGGAGACUGCCAAGGAGUUGGACGACAAGUUGACCAAGGGCGCUUCAGAACCUCUCAAGGUGAUCGCGAAGGCGCUUAUAGAUUUCAUUGGAGCAGCUGAGUCAAAGUACCAGCAGGCGUUGAACGAGAGCUAUCACGAUCUGGCAGAAAGCACCUUCAAUGGUCUCCGCCGUGCCCUGCCUUACACUCGCACGAAGCUCGACUGGAACAAGAUUCUCACCUACCGUAUUGGUGCCGAGCUUGCUGCCAAGUAA